GAGACACAGCACUUAGACGGAGCACAUGACUGCACAUAACCUCGGAGAACCAUUCCAGCGCUCGUCUCAUCUGACUUUUCUUGCACAAAUGGAGCAGAAAGUUGUUCUCAUCACUGGAUGCUCUUCAGGGAUUGGACUCAGCCUUGCUGUGCAUCUCGCAUCAAAUCCAGCAAAAGCCUACAAAGUCUACGCUACUAUGCGGAACCUGGACAAAAAGCAACGGCUGCUGGAGAGCGUGAGAGGACUGCAUAAAGACACUCUGGACAUCCUGCAAAUGGAUGUGACUGACCAGCAAUCUAUACUUGAUGCUCAAAGAAAUGUUGCAGAGGGCAGAAUUGACAUACUGGUGUGUAAUGCUGGUGUGGGUCUGAUGGGCCCACUGGAAACUCACUCGCUGGACACUAUAAGAGCCAUCCUUGACAUCAAUCUGCUGGGCACUAUCCGCACCAUACAGACCUUCCUACCAGACAUGAAGAAAAAGAGACAUGGCAGAAUCCUGGUCACCGGCAGCAUGGGAGGACUGCAGGGUUUGCCAUUCAACGAGGUCUACUGUGCUAGUAAAUUUGCAAUAGAGGGCGCCUGUGAGAGCCUGGCUAUUCUGCUCCAGCACUUCAACAUUCAUAUAAGCCUGAUUGAAUGUGGCCCGGUCAACACUGACUUCCUGAUGAACCUGAAGAGGACGGAGCCUGGAGAUGAGGAGAUGGAGGUGGACGCACACACACGCAGCCUGUAUGACCAAUACCUGCAGCACUGCCAGUCUGUGUUCCAGAACGCUGCGCAGGACACUGAAGACAUCAUACAGGUGUAUCUGGAGGCGAUGGAAGCGCAGACUCCAUUCCUCAGAUAUUACACCAACAGAGCGCUGUUACCCAUGAGCAGCCUGAAACUCACCUCCAUGGAUGGCUCUCAGUACAUCAGAGCAAUGAGCAAACUCAUCUUCUCUUCUCCCGGGACAGAUCCACAGAUAUGAUGCGAACACGUCCAGUUUCAUUUUUUCUUUUUUGGAAAACCUGAGGUAUGGAAAACA